CUUUCACAGUAACGAAACAGCAAACAUACACAUGGCCCUGGGUUGCUUAAACAUUCACCAAAUUCCUUUCUGUCUCUUAUAUAUUCAUACAUUGCUCAUCUGGAAAAAGCAAACCCACAAACCCUAAAUCCUCUACCCCUCACAUUACCAAAAAAACGCAAAACUCACGGUUUAAUUAAAUUCUUCAAUUAUUUGAUCGUUAUACUUGAGGAUAUGGGAAGCUCUCUCCGUGUAAAGGACGCCGUGGUCGUCACCCCCUCCGAUCCCACCCCGACUUGCGUUCUCAACCUCUCCGCCGUCGACUCGCAGCUCUUCCUCCGCUUCACCAUCGAGUACCUCUUGGUCUACACUCCUUGCCCGGGACUGAAUCAGACCUCGACCGCGUCGCGCGUCAAGGCUGCACUGGCUCACGCUUUGGUGCCUUACUACCCUCUAGCAGGCAGAGUGCACCCCAAGCCCGAUGGCUCCAGUCUUGAAGUGGUCUGUCGGGCUCAGGGCGCAGUCUUCAUAGAAGCUGUCUCCUACAAUGUCGCAGUCUCUGACUUUGAGCGUGCUCCGCGCUACGUCGCCGAGUGGAGGAAGCUAUUGUCGCUCCAAGUCGCUGACGUACUUAAAGGGGCCCCGCCGCUCGUUGUCCAACUGACGUGGCUUAAAGAUGGAGCGGCGGCACUUGGCGUUGGAUUCAACCACUGCGUCUGCGACGGGAUCGGAAGCGCGGAAUUUCUCAACUCGUUUGCCGAGCUGGCAACCGGGAAGCGCGGGUUCACUAGCGAGUUCAAACCCAAGCCCGUUUGGGAUCGCCACCUUCUGGACCCACAACCAGUACAUCAUGCAUUAAAUCCACGUCAUCAUCGAAUAACCAACGCGGCGAGUCAUCCCGAGUACAGCAAGGUCCCGGACGUUUCCAACUUCGUGACUCGGUUCGCCAACGAACGACUCACCCCCACCUCGAUCACAUUCCAUAAAAAAUAUUUAAUUGAGCUGAAGAAACUCGCUGCGUCAACGAGUCGACUCAGUACCGAGUCAUCAUCGUCGUACACAUCCUUUGAGGUCCUAUCCGGUCACGUGUGGCGGAGUUGGGCUCGAGCAUUGAAUCUCCCACCAAACCAAACCCUAAAGAUUUUAUUCAGCGUGAACGUACGUGACCGAGUCAGGCCGAGUCUACCCGACGGAUACUACGGGAACGCGUUCGUGCUGGGGUGCGCGCAAUGCAGCGCGAGGGAACUGGCGGAGAAUGGUCUGUGGCACGCGGCGGAGCUGGUGAAGCGCGCAAAGGAGAGGGUGGGGGAGGAGCACGUGCGGAGGGUGGUGGAGUCGGUGAGCGGGGAGGGGGGAAGGGCUUGUCCGGACUCGGUGGGGGUGCUGAUCGUGUCGCAGUGGUCGAGGCUGGGGCUGGAGAGGGUUGACUUUGGGAUGGGGAAGCCGGUGCACGUUGGUUCCAUAUGCAGCGAUAGGUACUGCCUGUUUCUGCCAGCUGGACAUUCUAACGAUGGUGAUGAUGAUCGGGGGGAAUCUGUGAAGGUCAUGGUGGCGGUCCCCACAAGUGCAGUUGAAAAGUACGAAAUGUUGGUCAAGAGUCCUUACUCAUGAGGACCUGUAGAACUCGAUUGCCUCUCUUUCUUUUGCUCACCUCACUGCCGUUGACUUGUAUAGUUUUUUUUUUUUUUUUACUUGUAUAAUUGGAGAGAGCGAGAGAGCGAUGGUUUAGGGUUUACUGUUCUAAUGUUUUCAUCCGAAAUGCAUGCAAUCAAAGUGGUAAAUUGUAAUGUGCGAUGAGAACCGUUGGAUCCAAUUUAUGUUGAUGCUAAAGGUAUUAACGAACACGUUGAACAACAUAUUUAAUAGAAGAUUGCU